CGGGCCCUGUCCCCGCACCGCUGAGGCCGUGGCUCCUCAGACCCCCGGGCAGCGCCCUGGGCUGCACGCCCUCGCCUGCCCGGCCGCAGGAGAGGGCAGGCUGGUUCGGCUUCUCGGGUUGGGUCUUAAGCGGCUCGAAGGCGAAGGCAGCCCACGGGUGCCCCUGCUGCAGGGGAGCGGCGGGGCUGGGCCGCUCCCCGCCCCGGCUGAGGUAAGCGGGGCCCGUGGGCGUCGCUGGCGGCGGCGCUCGUCACCCGUUGACGGGUGUCCCCUAAUCGCGUUGCCAUCAGCCUCCGCCGGGGCGUAUAAAAGGGGCCGCGGCGGGUGAGGCGUGCAGAGCGCGGCGCUGACCCCCCCUCCCUCGCCCGGCCGGCCGGCCCCAUGCAGCCCGCCAUGAUGAUGUUCUCCAGCAAGUACUGGGCGCGGAGGGGCUUCUCGCUGGACUCAGCCCUGCCGGAGGAGCGCCCCGCCGUCGGAGGACUCACCCUAAACAGAUCAAGUUCUGGGAAGAAUGAGGAAAAGAAAGGGAUUAAGGGAAAUGGCAAAGGUGAAUCUGUUUCUGAAGGUGGAAAGACAGCCGUAGUGUUUUCCUUGAAGAAUGAAGUUGGUGGAUUGGUGAAAGCUCUCCGACUCUUCCAGGAGAAACAUAUAAGUAUGGUUCAUAUUGAAUCACGAAAAUCGAAGAGAAGGAACUCGGAGGUGGAAAUUUUUGUGGACUGCGACUGCAGUAAGAAAGAAUUUAAUGAACUAAUCCAGUUGCUCAAGUUUCAAACGAAUAUUGUCUCUCUCAAUCCACCAGAAAACAUCUGGACUGAUGAAGAAGAUCUUGACUGUGUACCCUGGUUCCCCAGGAAGAUAUCUGAAUUAGACAAAUGCUCACAAAGAGUUUUGAUGUAUGGAUCUGAGCUGGAUGCAGAUCACCCUGGAUUUAAAGACAAUGUCUAUCGACAGAGAAGAAAAUACUUUGUGGAUGUUGCCAUGAGCUAUAAAUAUGGUCAGCCCAUUCCCAGAGUGGAGUACACAGCUGAAGAAAUUAAAACAUGGGGGGUGGUAUUUAGGGAACUUAGUAAACUCUAUCCUACCCAUGCUUGUCAUGAGUAUUUGAAAAACUUUCCCCUGCUGACUAAGUACUGUGGAUACAGAGAGGAUAACGUGCCUCAGCUGCAAGAUGUUUCUGUUUUUCUUAAGGAAAGGUCUGGCUUCACAGUGAGACCAGUUGCUGGAUACUUGUCUCCCCGAGAUUUUUUAGCUGGCUUAGCAUAUAGAGUUUUUCACUGUACUCAGUACAUACGACAUGGCUCGGAUCCUCUCUACACCCCGGAACCGGAUACAUGCCAUGAACUCUUGGGACACGUGCCUCUACUUGCUGAUCCCAAGUUUGCGCAGUUUUCACAAGAGAUAGGACUUGCUUCACUGGGAGCAUCUGAUGAAGAUGUUCAGAAAUUAGCCACUUGCUAUUUUUUUACAAUUGAAUUUGGCCUUUGCAAGCAAGAAGGACAGCUACGUGCUUAUGGGGCAGGACUUCUGUCUUCUAUUGGCGAAUUAAAGCAUGCUCUCUCUGACAAGGCCAAUGUGAAAACAUUUGAUCCAAAGACAACCUGUUUGCAAGAAUGCCUUAUCACUACCUUCCAGGAAGCUUACUUUGUUUCAGAAAGUUUUGAAGAAGCCAAAGAAAAGAUGAGGGACUUUGCCAAAUCAAUCAAUCGUCCCUUCUCUGUGUAUUUCAAUCCAUAUACACAAAGCAUUGAGAUUCUGAAGGAUACCAGGAGUAUAGAAAAUGUUGUUCAGGACCUCCGCAGUGAUCUGAACACUGUAUGUGAUGCUUUAAGCAAAAUGAACAGAUAUUUGGGGAUUUGAUGUUUGUGGCACUGUAAUUUGCUGUUAGUUGCUUUUUUCUGUAGCCAGUCUUGUAACAUCACAUGAUACGGCUAACUUCUCAAACCUAUCAAUUUUCCCUUUGCAGCUUGGCCUAUGGCUUGCAUCAUUGUGUAGCUCUGUCUGAUUGUAAUGUGCAGACAAACCAAGGCAAUGCUAAUUUGUAAAUGCAACAUGGAAUGUGGCAAAAUAUAGUCAUCAAUUCCUCAAUACAAUGCCAUGUAGAAGUACACCAUUAAAAACUUACCCGGCAAUGGUUUUGUUUCCAUAAGAUGUUUCACUUCAGUGUAUAAGAAACAGUUGCUGAAUUCAUUGUCUUUUUCUUUAUAAUCCUUUUCCUCCCAUAGGAAUCCAGAAAGAAAUAAUUGCAACAUUUUAAUUUUCUUUAUAAGAGAAUCUGUAUUUCUUUCUGUAGUGUGAAGACAAUGUUUUGCCCAUAUAUCUGUAACAGAACUGAGUGUCUCUUGUGACUGAACAAUACAAUUUAUAUACCAGUGCUGAGAUCAGGAAGGCUAUGUAUCAGUACUAAAAGGUCCGUGGAGGUUACAGAUUAUGAGCUCUCACACCUGACAAAUGUUCAACGUGGCUGAAUAAUUGCAACAUAAUAAAAAAAAUGGAAAACCUCUGACAAUUGGUGUAGCAAGGUAGUUCUAGUUCCUUCCUGUGUUACUGAUGAGAGUCCUGAGCGUACUUCCUCUACAAGGGCCAUAUGGGAAUAAGAGAAGUGCUUGUGUUAAUUCUGGGUUGUUAGAUGUGUAUAUAAAGCCCUUCUACAUCAUUGUGUGCCCUCUGCAUUCCCUUGUCUUUUGAACAUACUUCUCUUGCAUUUCAUGCAUAAUUUGCCUUUCCUCAUUAUGCCACAGUCAACCUUGACAUGGCCAUGCAUGAAUGGGUCUAUGCUGUAUCAGUAUCAGCACAUAUAAAAGGGUGAAUAUGGAAGUUGUUAUUUAAUUACAGCCAAGACAAUUAUCAGUUAGUAGAUUACUUGUGGGGUGAUUAAAUCAUGGAGACACCCAAGCUGCCUAGUUUGUACCAGAUGGAUGCAGGUAAUGCCUGAAUUAAUAAAGUCUAAGUUAGCAAGCUCUGACAGAAGUACAAGCUCUGUCUGGGGAGCAUAGUGCAGAAAUAUUUGAGCUGGCUCUUAUCUGGAAGCAAUAAUUAUGCAUGUCUUUCCUUUAUCUGGGUUAUUCUCUUCCCCUAUUAGCCAAGAUAAUGGAGAGCUGGCUCUAUUGUAUAAACCCUUCUUAGUGGAAACCACAUGGCUUAUGCAGAUCAUGUCAGUAUAGGUGACAGUGUUAUAGCUUACAUGCAUGGAAAAUAGGUAUUUAUUGAAGCUGCUCUCACAGCUGAAAGAGUCAUGCAGAUAGAUACUCUUAAUUGUUGCUAGCAAUUUCAGCAUAAAAAGAGCACCACUUGAUAGUACCAGCAUAUCCUUAAAUAAGAGGCAGAUCUAUAAGAUAAUUUUUCAUUGGGAAAUCUGCCACCUCCUCAAAGAUAACUAUGAGAUAACAGAAAAUGCUCUUUUCUCCCUAUGAUCCCUGCUACAUUCCAACGCUGCUGUUAAUAGGGUGUGGAAAAAUCUAGUUUUAGAUUUAACUGUGACUGCCGUUGGUACAGAUGAAGAGCUGUUGAAUUAUCCCAUGGGGAUCAGCAUGCCGGAGCAGUUUUUAACUUCCUGACGUUAGUGCUGACUCUGUUAGCUACCACUUAUCACAGAGGAAUUGCUGGCAACCUUGGCAUGGAAGUUUGUCCUUUUUUUUUUUUUUUUCCCAUGGAAUCUGAUAAACCCCUUUUAGCCCUUUCUGGAGAAAAUGGACUGUAUUGAGAUUUGCUUUAAGUGGUCUGAAAAAAUCAUUGUACAAGGAAUAGUAGAUCUUACUCUGUUCAAGAACUAAGUAUUGUUGCUUGCUUAAGUAAAAUAAAGCUGCAAUGAGUAACAAAGUU